CGGAUAUAUUUUUAAUCUUCGCAGACAAAUAACGGUGUAUUUCGCCAAGUAUGAGUGACAAACCAGGGGGUAGUGGCUCAGCGCCACGAGACAAUGGAAAAUCGAAAGAUGAAUCUCGUGAUGGAUCUUCUGCAGAAACUGGAUCUGAUUUUCCUGUUCAGGUGAAGUUGGAGGUGACGGAGGAGGCGAGUGAGCCUCUGCAGGAACGCGGCACACCGUUCUUCAACUUCUCGGACGUGUCCAUGGUGUCUGGGUUCAUGCAGUCCUAUCCAGGCCUGAGUGACUAUGUGUUGACGAAUGCACAGUAUCAUGCCACACCGCAUCACGGCCCAGGACGCAAAAAGAAGCCGCCGAAUAUUCCGUUGCCCGUCCUGCCGGGUUCCUACAGGACCGGCGCCAAGCACCGCAAGGAGUUCCCGUGCGAGCGCUGCAACGAGGUGUUCGAGAAGCGCGAAGAACUUCGCGUACACGUGAUGAUGCACGCUGGCGAGAAGCCAUUUGAAUGUCGGGUGUGCAAAAAAUCGUUUGCCAAGAAGGCGAACUUGAUUGAGCACGAGAUUUCGCACUCCGGAGUGAGGCCGUACAUUUGCAACCUGUGUGCCAAGUCCUUCUCCAGCUGCACGGAUCUCAUGAAUCAUAGACUGCUGCAUUCCGGACUGAAGCCACACGUGUGCAACAUGUGUGGCCAAGGUUUCACGGAGAUGGGCCAUCUCCGUUCGCACAAGGAACUUAUGCACGGCACUCCACAUUACAAGUGUUCGUGCGGAAUGGGGUUCACUCACAUCGCGGAACUCAUCAAGCACAAGAAGGAGCACCCGCAGGGUGGGGAAUUCUCCUGUCAGUAUUGCGGCAAGACAUUCAGCGAGCAAGCGGCGCUGAUCGUGCACAAGCGUGUGCACAUGGAGGACAAGGGCUUCGUCUGCAACUCCUGUGGAGAGAAGUUCGAGAAGGCCGGACCUUUGAUCCAGCACCGCAAGAAGGUGUGUCGUGACAAGGUGGCGAAUGCCGCUAUUGCGCAGUUGCAGAACGCGGCUUCCGCCUUGGGGCCGCCGCCAGCGGCGCUUGUUGGCGGUAGUGGCGGCCCUGGGCCGUCUCAUGGACAAAUUUUCUAA